UCUCCUCGCGACGAUCAGGCAUGAUACGGACCGGGUCGGCUACGGAAAAGGGUUCGCGCCCAUGGGUGACCAUGCAUUGCGCCGUGGGUGACCAACGUUCUGGAUCUAAAUAAAACGUUCAGCGCAAUCAUCAGCGUCAUGAAACACAGCAACUCUUCCUUGGAUACACUGGAUUUGAGCCCGCAUCAUCAUUAUUAUCAUAACAAUUCGAACGGCAUUGCUAACUCCACCACGUCCGGUGGUCUACAAGAAAUCGAGAUGAAAGAGAAAAGCAAAAACGCAGCGCGAUCGCGCCGCGUUAAGGAGAAUCAGGAGUUUUUCGAGCUGGGAAAGCUGCUACCACUUCCAGGCGCCAUAACUACACAAUUGGAUAAGGCCAGCAUUAUCAGACUAACUACCAGUUAUCUCAAGAUGAGAGCCGUUUUUCCUCAUGGUCUAGGAGACGAAUGGGGUGCCGCGCCACCGCCCAAAGAGACUACCAUUAAAGAACUCGGUUCGCAUCUUUUACAAACACUGGAUGGUUUCAUCUUUGUCGUGGCACCGGAUGGAAAAAUUAUGUACAUAAGCGAGACUGCUAGCGUACACUUAGGUUUGUCGCAGGUGGAAUUAACGGGAAACAGCAUAUUCGAGUACAUUUAUCCGGAAGAUCGCAACGAGAUGGUUUCCGUGUUGAAUCUUCCGCAGAGCCCAGCGGAUUUAGCGGGUUUCACUUUCCCGCCACCGAAUUCGCGAGGUGAAAUCGAGCUGGAACGUGCCUUUCUCCUCAGGAUGAAGUGCAUCUUGGCGAAAAGGAAUGCGGGUCUUGUUACAGAAGGAUAUAAGGUCAUACACUGUUCUGGUUAUUUAAAGUGUGUCGUAGAGGCCCCUAUUGGAUCCGAAUACGAGGACGGUGUUGGACGGUGCAUCCGUAAUGUCGGUCUAAUGGCCGUCGGUCAUUCACUGCCUACAAGCUCCAUAACCGAAAUUAAAUUGAACCAUAAUAUGUUCAUGUUCAGAGCGUCACUCGAUCUGAAACUCAUAUUCCUUGAUGCUAGAGUAACUCCACUAACAGGCUACGAACCGCCAGAUCUAAUUGAGAAAACAUUAUAUCACUAUGUGCACGCAUGCGACAUUCUGCAGCUACGACACGCUCAUCAUGUUCUGUUGAGGAAAGGUCAAGUGACAACAAGGUACUACAGGUUUCUGACAAAAACUGGUGGUUGGGUAUGGAUGCAGUCAUAUGUGACGAUCGUGCACAAUUCACGUAGUUCGCGUCCGCACUGCAUUGUGUCCGUGAACUAUGUGUUGACGGCUACCGAAAACACGGGCUUAGUUUUGAACUGCGAACAAAAGUCAUCCUGCUCGAGCCCAGGAAAUCCGCCAAGCGCUCCCGUGUCGACGCCCGUGACUAUUGGUACGAAUGACCUGGACAAUCACAGCCCAAGUCCACCUUCUUAUCGUAGCAGAACCAGGGAACCGCCCGAUACUGAUUAUGCUGACAGUUCCGGUUAUCCCAACUCGGAGUACAUGACAGGUUCGACCAAUCACAGCCAUUACCCGUCGACCUAUGCAUCGCACAGUAUUAAUGGUGCCCAGGAGGAUAGCGCUUACUACAGUUCAGAUUUGUUCUAUCCGUACAACCACCUCCACCAAGACCCUGUGAACACUCUGCAGCACCAGCAAGACACGCACCAUCAGCACCUUAUGCAUCACACUACAUCCUCUUUGUCCCUGACUAUUCAACAACACAGCCCGCAGAACAGUCAGCAGAAACGACAGCAUCCCCAGCAUCUACUGCAUCAAGGUGCAUCUUCUUUGACGUCCUUCGAGCAGCAGCAACAACAUAGUCCUCAGAGCGGCCAACAGAAGCGACCUUACUCGACAUCUUCAAGUUCCUGCGGUAGCGCUGACGGUUUCGAUGUUCACUUAACGAAUUCCAUAAGCCUGCUACCGACUACUGGAUACUCGCAUCAUCAUCAUUCUAUACCGGAUUCAACCUCAUCGACGACGUUGAACGAAACUGGCAGCGUUAUCAUGUACCCGAACUGCGGUUUCAACAACAAUGAGAGCUAUAAUGCUGCGGCGCUUCAACAUCACGACGGCUAUCAGCAAGGUCAUCCUCAGGCUCAUCACAGCAACGGCAAUGGGACGGUAAAACACCCUCAUCAUCAUCAUCUAGAGGCCUCGUCGGCUGGUUACACCAGCGUCAUCGUCGACUCUCAGCAGUACAGUCCCAGUACCGUUCCCCCCGAACUGCACACGCAUCAAACGGCUCCGGUGAGCGGCGGCACGCCGCCGCUGCAUCAUCAGCCUCAUUACGAAACGCAUCAUCAGUUUGUUCACUGACAUCAAUUCGAGGUGCCCUGCGCGUAGCACUUUGACGCCGCAUGCGACGAUGACGUAUGCGGGCAUCAUCAUCGUCGUCAACAGCAGCGUCAUUGCGCAACGUCAGAGUGCAGUGGAGAACAGUACGUUGGACAUCGGAUAAACAAUGAAUCCUACAACCCCGCUGGGUCUCACAUCACCUACGUCACGUCCUACA